GAAACAUCAUUCUUUCAGCAUGCCCGGGCCCUCGUGUGCUUCAUCCGUCACCGUUCUCUUCAGCAGCAUUUUGUUGUCCAGAUUGAGUUUUGUCUGAAAGUUGUCGAGAAUCAGUUGCAGCGUCUGAGGAAGAAUCCGUUUUCAGACCUUGCUGAGGGCUUGCUGUUCAGGUGGGCAAAAGUCAAUGGCAUCAGCAAAAGCCCUCCUGUGCAGGAGCUCCUUCCAACCGCUUUCUCUGACUGAAAGCUGCAGCAGCCUGUCUCUAGAACCCAAAAGCAUUCAGUGCAGACUGCCACUCCCAGUCUCCAAGUCAUUUCGACAUAGAUCUAAGGAUUCCUUUGGUUCCUCUAGCAGCCUGACGUUCGGCAGGCAAGCACGGGUAAUCUGCGCAGUGAGCACGGUUCCUGAGAGGACCGUGCCUGAGUUGAAUGAGGGGAUCGCGGGGUUCUAUGAUGAGUCGUCAGGCGUUUGGGAGGAGAUCUGGGGCGAGCACAUGCACCAUGGAUACUAUCCCAAGGGAGAGAAGAAGGAUCACAGGGAGGCGCAGAUUGACAUGAUUGAGGAGACCCUCAAGUGGGCGGGUGCAACAGGCGCAGGAACCCCCGCUCCCAAAACCGUCGUGGACGUCGGGUGCGGCAUCGGCGGAAGCUCACGCUAUUUAUCGCGGAAGUUUGGGGCAAAGGUUACGGGAAUCACCUUGAGCCCGGUGCAGGCUGCCAGGGCCGGAGCGCUUGCUCGGCAACAAGGGCUUGCCGACAAGGUGUCGUUCCAGGUAGCCGACGCAUUGAACCAGCCAUUCGACGACGGACAGUUCGACCUCGUGUGGUCCAUGGAAAGUGGGGAACACAUGCCCGACAAAACGAAGUUCGUGAACGAGCUCAUACGUGUUGCCGCGCCAGGGGGCCGCAUCAUCAUUGUGACGUGGUGCCACCGGGACCUGGCCCCAGGGGAGACGGGGCUCCAAUCGGACGAGUUGGACCUUUUGGCCAAGAUCUGCGAUGCGUACUACCUCCCGGCCUGGUGCUCCGCUGCGGACUACAUCCGAAUUGCGAAGGCGGCGGGGUUGCAGAAUGUCAUCUCCGAUGAUUGGUCGGAGCGCGUGACGCCCUUCUGGCCGGCCGUCAUGGCGUCUGCUCUCAGCUGGAGGGGGCUACUGGGGCUGGCAAAGUCGGGUUGGACGACGAUCAAGGGGGCCUUUGCAAUGGCGCUGAUGAUUCAGGGCUUCAGCCGUGGUCUGAUCAAGUUCGCGUUGAUCUCCGGUACGAAGGCUAGUCAAUAAUGAUAGGAGAACCGUAAGGUGAUUGGUUCUUUACAUUGCAGAAAUCUACACGCCUCCAUGUGCAGCAUCCUUCUUUAGUUACGGUCGGGUUGGUGAAUAGUACAUUCUUUCAGAGCCUCUCAUUGAGGCCGCAUUGAAAUAGCAUUUUGUGCAAGUCCCGACAAUAUGUAUUGACUCAUUAUACCAGGGAACAAACUGUAGAAUUUUCGGCGCUGGCUUCCAUUGCCAACUUUCGUGACCGCGAAGUCAUCAAAGCUCCA